UUCAGUCAGAUUGAUUGAAUUGUCGUAUUUUGACUUUUUGUGAAUGAUAAUUUCAUGAAAAAUUGAUUUAUUUUAAUAAAAUUAAUUAUUAAUAGUGUAGUAGUGUGUUAUUAAAGUUUUAUAAUGGCACCCAUCAAAAAAACAUCCUUGCAAGAAACUGAUUCGGGGUCUGAUUCGGAUAGUUCUAGUGGCAGUCGCAGUAAGAGCCCCAGUCCAGCUCCUGGCAAAGAGGGAAGCAAAUCUCGUUCAGUAUCCCGCAGCCCUGCUCGAUCAGGCAGUGAAUCUCCAAAAUCAAAUGUAUCUGCUCGGUCAAGGAAAUCAUCAAAUGCUUCUCGUAGCAAAUCAAACUCUCCGGCCCAUUCUAACAGAUCCCGCUCUGGAUCUGCACAGAGUAAUAAAUCAGGUUCAGUCAGCCCAAAAUCACAGGCCUCAGGAAGUCCCACACAGAGGGCAUCUCGGUCUCGGAGUGGAUCUAGAAGGUCACGGUCAGGCUCUGGCAGCGCCAGAUCACAUUCGGGUAGUGCUAAAUCAAGAUCAGCAAGUCCAAAAUCAGGAGCACAGACUCCCAAGUCUAGAUCACAAAGUCCAAAGUCACGGUCUCAGAGCCCAAAGUCCAGGUCCCAAAGCCCAAAAUCAAGAUCGGAGAGUCCCAAAUCACGCUCCCAAAGUCCUGAAUCACAUAAAGCCAAAAGCAAAAGCCGUUCUAGGUCAAAAUCUGCUAGUGGGAGUCCAAAGAGUAGAAAAUCCAGGUCAAGGAGUGGUUCGUCCAGGUCUAAAAGCCCUGUCGCCAGGUCAGAUGUUCAAGACAGCAGGUCAAACUCUCCCAAUCUGAUGAUUGAUGAUGAACAAGGCAAGGAAAAGUCUAAGAGUCGAUCAAGGUCUGGCUCACGGCAGUCGCGUUCGAAAUCCCGUAGCAAGUCUAAAAGCCGUUCCAAAUCCCGAUCUAGGUCACACUCCAAGAGUUCCAAUGCUUCUGAACCUGAAACAGGAGACAAAAAGAAGCGCGCCGUCCUAUCAGACUCGGAGAGUGGGGAUGAAGUGAAAUCCGCUUCCAAACGUAAGAAGGGCUCCGACAGCGGGUCAGACAGUGACAAACCCAAACGGAAGGCCAAGAAACUGGUGGAAUCUGACGAUGACGAUAACCAAGAGAAGACUGACACUGUCACCGCGGACGCCUUGUUCGGCGACGCGUCCGACAUCAGCACUGACGAAGAGGCCGAGAAGAGGUCACGAUCGAGGUCAAGGUCGAGGUCGAGGUCACGGUCACGCAGCCGCAGCGGUGGUCGAUCGGACGACAACAAACGAUCAGGGGAUGAAGGCAGAAAGAGUGGGGAUGAGGAUAAUCGUGAAAAACCGGACGAGGAAGAAGAACAGGAGAUACCCGAAACCCGUAUAGACGUGGACAUGCCCAAGAUCUGGACCGAAUUGGGCAAAGAGUUGCACUUUGUGAAACUGCCCAAUUUCUUAUCCGUUGAGACAAGACCUUAUGAUCCUAAUACUUAUGAAGAUGAAAUUGAUGAGGAAGAAACCCUGGAUGAGGAAGGUCGUGCGAGGUUAAAACUAAAAGUUGAGAACACGAUCCGCUGGCGAAUGAACUUCGACAAAGAAGGGAACGCGAUCAAGGAGUCGAACGCGCGAAUGGUGAAGUGGUCUGACGGCAGCAUGUCGCUACACCUCGGAUCUGAGAUAUUUGAUGUCUACAAGCAGCCCUUGUUGGGCGACCACAAUCACUUAUUCGUCCGACAAGGUACCGGUCUCCAAGGGCAAGCGGUCUUCCGCACCAAACUUUCAUUCCGACCGCACUCCACGGAGUCGUUCACUCACCGCAAGAUGACGCUGUCGCUGGCGGACCGCUCCACCAAGACGUCCGCCAUCAAGAUCCUGUCGCAAGUCGGCGCAGACCCUGAUGCUGACAGGAAGUAUCAGUUGAAGAAAGAGGAAAUGGAACUCCGCGCGGCGAUGCGGUCGCGCGCCUCGUCGCGGCCCAAGCGGCGCGCGGGCGCGGCCGCCGGCGCGCGCGGCGCCGCGCGGCAGAACGACGACUCCGAGGACGAGGGCGGGGUCUCGCUGCAAGCCAUCAAGAAUAAGUAUAAGCAGGGGCAGAAAGCUACAACGGGCGCCGCAAUAUACUCCUCAGAAUCUGAUGGCUCCGACGUGGAAACCAGACGGGCUCGACGUCUGGACCGCGCUAAGGCCCUUAAAGAUUCCGACUCGGAGGGGGAGGGCAGUGAGGGGGGCGAGGGAGGGGGUGAAACGCCACAGAGGAGCAGAAGUGCUAGUCCUAGCGGCAGUGAAUAG